CAUGUAAGUCAAUGGGAAAAAGUGUUUCCGGGGCCCAGCAACCUAAAGGAAGUGUAGUACCGCCGUUUGGCCACAACGAAUAUUCUCAUCAGACUCCGGCGCACUUCCUGGGGGCUUGAGGCAGUCUCGCAGUUUAGUCUCGCUCUUGUUUGACCGUUUUUUUCCUUCUCCACUAGAGGCAGUAUACCGGAUCUCAAAAAGACCGGAAAUGACGAAGAAGAUGAAGUUCUGUGUUGUUAGGUUAGCUUAGGUGUACAUUAACACUACUAGUAUAUUAACAACGUUAUGAAGCGGCUAAAUCAUUAUAAUGUAAUGUUUGUUAGGUACCGUUACUGUUAGUUCAUAUCAGUUAAGGGUCAAUUCGCCUCAGCUUUGCAGCGUGGGCUUUCUUUCAAAAAUGUUUUGCAGAUAAGUUCUGCAGCCAUGUAGAUCUGCUCACUGGCUGCUGUUCUCCGUGUUUACAUCCCUGUUGCCGCUUCAAUGGGGAAAAGGAAAGACAUGAUUCACCCCAGGUUCCUCGGUGAGGGCGGCUCCAGCCUGCACAGCGUUCACAAGCGCAAACACAAAAAACACAAGAAGCACAAGAGGAAGCACCACAGCUUCCCCGAGGCGCCGGAGCCCCCCCCGGUCCCUCGCCCCCCCCCACAGCUCCGACUCAAGAUCAAACUGGGGGGGCAGACGCUGGGAACCAAGAGCGUUCCCACCUUCACCGUGCACCCCGGCGUCGCCUGUCCUCCCUCUCCUUUGAUGAUUAUUAACAAUGUUGAUAAUGACAAUGACUCCGAUGAUGAUGAGGACUCAGAUGAGGAUGAUGGUGACGACGAUGAGCCGUCUGUGCCUUUGGAGCAGUAUCGAGCCUGGCUUGACGAAGACAGUAACCUGGCCACAUCCCCUAUGCCAGACAUAGACUCAGACUCCAUGAUGGUGCCCGUGGACGAGGAGGAGCGGUGGCUCGAGGCUCUGGAGAAAGGAGAGCUCGACGACAACGGGGAGCUGAAGAAGGAGGUGGACGAGUCUCUGCUCACAGCCCGACAGAAAGCGCUGUUACACAAGCAGCAGAGCCAGCCGCUCCUGGAGCUGCCGAUGGGCUACAAGGAGAAGGAGAUGACGGCGGAGAUGAUGCAGAAGCGGGAGGAGCGAGCGCGGAAGAGACGCCUGCAGGCGGCCAAGAAGGCGGAGGACAGCAAGAACCAGACCAUCGAGAGGCUGACCAAAACCAGCAAGGCCAAGAUCAAGAGCAUGAGGGAGAGGAAGUCCAAGCUGAGCCAGAGCCCCAUGGUGCGCUACAGAGACAACGCCCUGGGAAUGAACAUCUCCUUCCCCUCGGGGGUUCCUGCGCCGACCCCCACCCCCCCCUCUGCUCCUCCUGCACCCCCCCUGACCUGCGGGGUCACCGGCUGCCCCAACAUCAAGAGGUACGCCUGCUCCAAGAGCGGGGUGCCCCUCUGCAGCCUCGAGUGCUACAAGAGGAACAUGCUGCUGGUUCAGAGCGCAGCGUGAACUCUAACGGACGAAUGAACUCUAACACCAGUUGUGUUACUACAUCCGGAUGAAGGUGCAUACAGACUACAUCCUGGAAAGGAUCAUUUGAACUCCACACAAAUCAUUUCAGUGUCAUUAUAAUAAUGGUUUUCCCUGGUCACACAUUCAAUUAUGUACAUUAUAAAAUGCAGAAUUCUACGAUUUGUUUGCUGAGUCUUAAACAAUACUGAUAAGAUUAAUAUUUGUUGGAUAUGUUUGGAGUAAGAAUCGCUUUAUUUCCACUCCCUUUGUCAGUAGUGUAGAAUUAUGUUGUGGAGGCGGACAAACAAUAAAAGAGUUGCUUCUUUAA